UGCCUACUCAUAUCUCGCGCGCGGAUUGUACCUGCGUCCAUAAUCCGUUACACGAGCCGGGAUGACAAUACAUAAUUUUCUAUACGCGUAUGGUCUAAUCCGACUUGUUUGACAUUGGACUUUGACAUAUGCAUAUUAUUCAUCGAGUUAUAUAAAGGAUCAUAAUACAGAAUUGAAAUAUAUAGAAGAGGAGCAUCGAACAAUGAAACAAUACUAGAUAUUUCAAGCCAGCUGUAGUUGCCAGCCAUUCUGAUGAAUACGGAUACAAAUAUGAUAAUGAGAUAUUGUCCACCAAAUAUAACUUUUACUGAGAUUUGGGUGGAACAUGGCGUGCCCAAAUGUUUCAUGGACACUAUCAGUAGCACUAUAAUUUUCUUGUACUUGCUUAUAUUUGGCUCUAUCCAACUUUGGAUGUAUCGCAAGUAUGGGACAGAAGUCAACGCCAGUACAUUGCCCAAAAGUAAAUUGUACAAUUUGCAAAAGUUCCUUCUGUACUUUGUUCCUUUUUUGAGUAUAUUAAGAAUAAUUUUACAAGCCACAAUCUUGGAUGAUGGAACGAUUUACGGAUACAUGAUAUUGACAACAGUAUUGACAGUGAUAGCUUAUUCAUAUUCGGUUUAUAUCUUAAGAGUUGAAAGACAUCAACUAUUGCCAAGUGUGCCACCGCAUGGUCAUGGAUUGGUGCUGCUGGGUUUCUGGACAUUAACAUUUGUUGUUGAGAAUUUCGUUUUCGUUAACAUUGGAAAGCUCGAGUGGUGGUUCCAUUUGAAUUCUCUCACGGACCAGAUUGAGAUGGCGUUAUUUGUUUUACGCUAUGUUAGCAAUUUACUAAUUUUUGCUCUCGGUUUACGGGCUCCUGGCAUUGCCGGCAAUCUGGAUCAUGAUUAUCGCGAGCUUAACAAUGCCCUAGCCACGCAGCCACGAUAUUAUUACAGAAGGCAAGAGGAUAAUUCUUCCACUUGGGCGAAUCUGUGGUACAAAGUUAAAGUCUUGGCACCAUUCUUGUGGCCGAAAUCUGAUUUCCUACUUCAACUGAGGGUAAUAUUUUGCUUCUUGCUGCUGAUGUCGGGGCGUGUGAUAAAUCUUUUCGUGCCGAUUUACAAUAAAAAGAUCGUGGAUAGUGUUUCGUUUGCUCCUAUAACAUUCAGAUGGGAUAUAGUAUUGAUAUAUGUAGCGUUCAAAUUCUUGCAAGGUGGCGGCACCGGGGGUAUGGGUUUGUUGAAUAAUUUAAGAUCCUUCCUCUGGAUUCGUAUUCAGCAAUACACUACUCGCGAAGUGGAGGUAGAGCUGUUCAGGCAUUUACACAGCCUGAGUUUACGUUGGCAUCUCGGAAGGAAGACCGGCGAAGUGUUACGAGUCAUGGACCGCGGCACGGACUCGAUCAACAAUUUGCUCAAUUAUAUUCUCUUUCAAAUCUUACCGACCAUUAUUGACAUCGUCAUAGCCAUCGUAUUUUUCGUCAGUGCAUUUAACAAGUGGUUCGGUCUCAUUGUGUUUACAACCAUGAUUCUCUAUAUCAUUGCUACGAUCGCUGUCACUGAAUGGCGCACCAAGUUCCAAAGGCGCAUGAAUCUGGCCGACAAUGCUCAGAAAGCGCGCAGCGUUGACAGUUUGCUGAACUUCGAGACGGUCAAAUAUUACGGUGCCGAGACGUACGAAGUUGCAAGCUACAGGAAAGCGAUUUUAGACUUCCAAGUGCAAGAAUGGAAAUCCAUGAUCACGUUGAAUAUUUUAAACACCUUGCAAAACAUCAUUGUCUGCGGCGGCCUGUUAUCCGGAUCAUUAUUGUGUUUACACAUGGUUGUAGCUAAUGAAGGUUUGACGAUUGGCGACUACGUCUUGUUCUCCAGUUACAUAAUACAACUUUACGUACCGCUGAAUUGGUUCGGCACGUAUUACAGGGCUAUACAGAAGAAUUUCGUCGACAUGGAAAAUAUGUUCGAGCUACUCAGGGAAGAGCAAGAAGUGAUAGACGCGCCAGGAGCCGGUUUGCUGGAGGUCAAGCAUGGGCAAGUGGAAUUCUCAAACGUAUCGUUUGGUUACUCCCCGGAGAAACUCGUGCUAAGGAACGUUAGUUUCGUCGUACCUGCGGGAAAAACCAUCGCAUUGGUCGGCCCGUCCGGUGCCGGGAAGAGUACCAUAAUGCGAUUACUGUUUCGCUUCUACGACGUCGACCAAGGUGCGAUUGUAAUCGACGGGCAGAAUGUCAAGACCGUUACGCAGGAGUCUCUCAGAAGCAUCAUAGGUGUUGUGCCGCAGGAUACGGUCUUGUUUAACAAUACGAUAAUGUACAAUAUCCAAUAUGGUCGCAUCUGUGCGCCGGAAGUUGAUAUAAUCGCCGCUGCGAAACAUGCGGAUAUUCAUGACAGGAUUCUCACAUUCCAGAAUGGCUAUGAGACACAGGUCGGUGAAAGGGGACUUCGGCUAAGCGGCGGCGAGAAGCAACGUGUCGCGAUCGCACGUACGAUUUUGAAAGCGCCGAACAUUGUGCUGCUGGAUGAAGCUACAAGCGCCCUGGACACCCAAGCGGAACGCAACAUACAAGCGGCGUUGAACAAAGUGUGCGCUGGACGAACCACUAUUAUUAUAGCGCAUAGACUGUCCACGAUCAUUCACGCGGACGAAAUCCUGGUAUUGAAGGAGGGCGAGAUUGUCGAGAGAGGCAAACACGAGGAGUUAAUUUCACACGGCGGUGUCUAUCACGCGAUGUGGCAAGCACAGCUGCAAAACGGUCAGGAGAACAACAAGGAUGAAGAUUCUUCUACGCAUGAAGGCAAUGCUGUAUUAUCAUUGUACUGAGGCGGGCGAGAAACAUAUUAUACAGCGUCGGAGAACUUGAGGAGAGUUCUCUUAUAUUGUUAAUGUUUUCGCCGAUGGGUAGACAGAGCUGUAUCAGUCUGGUGCUUCUUAAUCAAUGAAAGGAGGGAGAACUAUGAUGUUAGUCCGAUGUAAGUUUUCAUGCAAACGCAUUCAUUUCAUCGGAGCUUAAUCCCCGAUUAUUACUGGUACGUAGAAGUGUUGGACAACUGAUCGAGAUAAGAGAGAUGAUGAAUGUAAUAAAAUACUCAUAUAUAAGUUUGACUACAUUCUUAUGUAUGAGAAAUGUGUCUAGAAUAUUUUUUUCUCUGAUGGAUAACAAUAAAUAAUAUACAAGAU